CUCCGUCUCCUUUACCCGAGAAAAACCCGCAGGCGGGCGACCCUAGCCGGCAAGCAAAGCGUCGGCAAAGCAGUCGAGACCGAAGCACAUCUAUGCCGGCCGACGCGCAGAUAAAUGGGGGAGGAAAGGCUGCGCACGGCGUCGCCUCCCUCCUCCCGAGCCCCCUCCGGUCGGAUGAACUCAUUGUGGCUGACAGAAAGCCAGGGACACAAUUUGAGCUUGAUUGCUUGGUGGAGGGCAGUUAUUUUAUAAUCUCCGAACAUCUGUCAGAGAGAAAACGAUAUUACCAAUUCUCAAUGCCUGGUCCCAAGGCACCCUGUUCGCAAAAUUCCAAGAUAGUAUUUCAGCCUAGCCUGAGAAUAACUAACCAGAAUCGGCCAUCUGUGGUGAUACGGGCUGCAUCAUAUAAGCAACCAAACACCCAUGUGGAUAGUAGUCAGCAGUUGCAACUCCUUCCACUUUCUGGCUCAGUCUUGCCACCAAAUCUUCAGCCAGCAAGCUCAAACCAUGACUUAGCAUCUCGGAUUAACCUUGGGAAAAAAGACUGGGGUCAUCAGGCUGCUCUUACUACAUCACCCACCAGAGAAAAUGCUCAAGGAAAGCAGCCUCGCUCAGAUGCCACCGCUUGCUUGCACCAGUACCAGGAAAGAGUCACAUACAGGGAAUCCAGAGCAGAUAAUACUCAGUGGCAAAUACAAGAGGAGUUGGUGCGCAAAUUAGAAGAUCGGCUGGCACAAGAAAAGCAGAAAUUGGCUGUUAUGAGGGCAGAGCUAGCAUUGACCUCCCAUUCACAGCUUCCAUAUUCAGGGCUUAUCUUCUCACCGCAGACCAAAGGGCCAAGGAGUGAACUUGUGAAUGGGAUCUGUGUUUCCAAUCACCACGGGUUCUACAGCAAUUCAGUGAAAACCCCCAGCAUGGACUAUUACUGGCAUACCACAACCCGCCCACCCUUCACAUAUGCUGCCCUGAUUUGUUGGGCCAUCCUAGAAUCUCCCAAGAAACAACUCAGCCUGAGUGAAAUUUACCGUUGGUUCAACAAUUUUGGCUACUUCAGACACAGCACUCCUACCUGGAAGAAUGCUAUUCGACACAACCUGAGCUUGCACAAAUGCUUUGUGCGAGUCGAGAACAUCAAGGGAGCUGUUUGGACAGUGGAUGAACUUGAGUACCAGAAGAAAAGAAGCCAGCGUUGUGCUACUUAUCCAUACCCAGUUCUGUCAAACUAAGGAGUCGGUGGUUCUGUUGCACCACUGGAACCCACUGGCCAGCCAAGAACACACCUCCCCACUUUUCUGGUUUCCCAGGAACCCCUGUGAGCUGAGCUGACUCUCCCCCAUCAUACACAAAGACAUCAGUGUUUAAGAUCCUGUUUCCAAGCUAUGGAUGCAGAAGCAACAAAUUUGGAGGCA